AUGGGAUUGACUAUUGUGGUAAUUGCUCAUCGACUGUCUACUGUCCAACAGGCUGAUAAUAUUGUUUGUAUGAAACAUGGACAGGGUAUUGUUGAACAAGGUACGCAUGCAGAAUUAAUGGCACACGAUGGUUUAUAUAGACAUUUCUAUAUGACACAACAAAAUCCUAUCGCUCCAGCGUUGACAAAAGAAGAAAAAUCAACAAUAAUUCCAACAGAUACUAAUGAAAAUAAUAACGAAAGAACAGAACAGUCAACUGACGUACAACAAAUAUCUAUAACUAAUAAUAAUAGUAAAUUAGCAAUGUUUUUGAUAGAAAUAUUAAAAUUAAAUCGUUCGGAAUGGUUCUAUCUAUGUUUGGGAUGCAUAGCAUCAUUAAUUUAUGGAGCAAUAACACCAGCUUUUGCUUUAAUAUUCAGUGAACUUUACGCAUUAUUUGUAGAACAAGACUAUCAGAAACAAGAAGUUCAAGCAAGAAAUUAUGCAAUAAUCAUUUUUUUUAUUGGUGUUCUUGGUGGCAUUUGCCAAAUGAGUUUUACAUCAUCAUUUUCGAAAUCUGGUGAAGAACUAACAUCAAAAAUACGACUGAUGAGUUUUAAAGCAAUACUAAAACAAGAAAUUGCUUGGUUCGAUCAAAAAGAGAACAAUAGUUUUACAUUAAUCAAUAAUUUAUAUACAGAUAGUAAUGCACUUAAGAGUCUUAAUGGAAUGAAUAUUGGAAUAUUUUUUAAUGCCAUUGGCACUAUUGUAACUGCUUUGGUUAUUGCUAUUCGUAUUCAUUGGCAAUUGACACUUAUUAUAUUAUGUUUUGCACCAGUGAUUAUUCUUAUGAGUAUUUUUCUACAAGGACAACAAUUUUCAACAAAUAUAGGAAAUAAAAAUAAAGUCAAACUCAAAACAACUUCUCAUGCACAAGAAGGAAAUAAGUGUAUCUCACAAGCAAUCGAUAAUUUUCGUACUGUUCAAUCAUUCAGUAAAGAAGAUGUUUUCAUUAAUAAAUGUGAACAAGAAUUCAAUCAAGAAUUUCGAAUAUUUUCGGUCGUUACACUUGCUGCAACAUCAAUCGGUCGAACUGUUGCUUUAGUACCAAGUUUUAGUAAAGCAAAAAAAGCUGCAUCAAAAAUAUUAAAAUUAAAUAAACAAAAAUCUCGAAUUGAUCCAGAAAGUUGCGAUGGGCUUAUACUUGUACGUUUAUGA